AUGCGGCCUGGAACGUUCAGACACAACAUUGAGCUUAGCAACCUGCGACUCGCCAACAACGACUUGACCCACUUAUCCGAUGGUCUGUUCUCCCACAACCCAAAAGUGGGUUACAUAGACCUCACCAACAACGGCAUAAGGACCAUCUCGGCUGGGGCGUUCAGGAACGCUUCGAAUCUCCACAACUUAAUUCUUUCUCGGAACAACCUGACAACUCUAGAGGAGGGAACACUGGAUGAUGCGGUGCCACUCAUAUAUUUCCAUGCUUCACAAAAUCAACUCACAUCCCUGCCCCCAACAAUCUUCGCCAGAACUGUGUCACUGAUUGAAAUCAAUCUCAGCUUUAACAACCUGACAUUUCUUCCAAAGGACAUAUUUGCAACUACUACUGAUCUUAUGAUACUGAGCCUGAACCACAACAGGCAGGAGUCCUUGGAACCAGGGUUGUUCCAGAACACCCCCCGGCUCAUCAUGCUGCAUCUGAAUGGGAACGCCAUCAACACCCUCUCGGCAGACGCCAUCACCGGUUUGCAGCGGUUGCGCUACCUGUACAUGUCCGACAACCAGCUGACCUCGCUGGUCUUCAAGCCAACUCCUGCCCUGGACACCCUGGUUCUGAAAGCGAACCUCCUCCAACACCUACCGGAGGAGCUGCUGAGCAACUGCCCCCAUUUGGACAGUCUGUAUUUGGACCGCAAUCAGCUCAAGAGCCUUCCAGGGAGACUCUUCACCAAGAAUACUGAGCUCAGUGUUGUCUCACUCGAAGGCAACUGUCUUAGCAGACUGCCAACCGAGCUGUUUGCCGGGGAGCCAUCACUGAAACUUCUGCGCUUGGGACGUAACCCAUGGGACUGCACCAGCUGCAGUGUUGCUGCGAUGGCGGCCUGGCUGACAUCACAGCACAUCAACAUCGGCGAUGUCGUGCCGCAGUGCUCGGGACCUGAACCACAGGCUGGAGGAAAGGACAUCCGUGAAGAGGCGGUUGCUGACUGUCCAAAGGACAGCGGUCAGUAG